AUAAAGACAGCGUGGAAAACGAAACGAGAUCGAGGGCUUCUGCUUCACGCAGCGAGAGCAGCGGAAGCCUUCGCCAACGGCCUCGCAAAAUCGCCGAACUGAAUCCCUCUGGCUAAGGAUUUCUCUCCGCGGCUUGAAUUUGGAGGUUCAUCUCAAUCGAUUUCCCCCCUAAUUUGUCUUCUCGGCUGUCGCGUUCCGACUUUCGACUCCCCGAUCCGUGGGUCAGCUCCCCUUUUCGCGCUUCCUGUGCCCUGAGUUGGGGUUUUACCAGUCUCCGCCUGGACGCUCUGAUCCGCGGCGUGGAGGUUGGGAUCCGUCGAUGCCCCUUCUUCUGUGAAGGAGUUGGAAUAUGGAAGGUGGUGUUAGGCGUGAAGCGAUGCAGCCUGCGACGGCCGAGGAAGAGGCGUUGAAGAGGAGCACCGACUGCGUCUACUUUUUGGCUUCCCCAUUGACCUGCAAAAAGGGGAGUGAAUGUGAUUAUCGCCACAGUGAGGGUGCCAGAGUUAACCCUAGGGACUGUUGGUAUUGGCUAAAUGGGAACUGCCUCAAUCCAAAAUGUUCAUUCCGCCAUCCGCCUCUUGAUUCUCUGUUUGCAACAGCAAUGCCUAACUCUGGAUCACCACCACUGUCAAGUCAGACUUCAGCAUCAACAUUAGCACCAGCUGCCCGAACUCCUAACAAUGGAACUAAACAAAGUGUUCCUUGCUACUAUUUCCAGUGGGGCCAGUGUUUGAAAGGUGAAAAGUGUGCAUUCAUGCAUGGACCUCAGGCAUCUGUCAACUUUCUUCCCCAACCGGCUACAAAGGUUUCUUCGCUUUCUUCUGCACCACGAAAAUCAAAUGAUCAAGAUACACAUAAGAUAAUUACUAUGCAACAUAAUACAGAAGCAGCCAAUCAUGAUAGACACAAGAUGGCUAUCAGUAGGCACAGUGAAAUAUCAUAUGCAACAGUAAAACAUGAAACUAAAGCAUACAAUGCUCCCAAGCAUGAACCAUCUGAAAAUAAAAUAUUGCCACCUCAUUCAAUUGAUGGUGACCAUCGUGGACUGCCACAGAAUGGUGUAUCUGUUAACAGUGAUUCUUUUGAACACCAACCAUGGGGUCAUCAGGUGCAACCUACUGAAGAGGAACCAGAUAAUGGUAGGGAUGGUGAUGAGUUCUUCCGGGAGCAUUCUCCUGGUUUUGAUGUACUUGUAGAAGAUGAUAUUGAAGACCCUGAUUACUACCAUAAUGAAGAUAAUUUCAGAAGAAUGUCUGGUCAUGGUGGACAAAAGAUGGAAGCUGAAGAUGAAUAUGAUUAUCACCCCAGUGAUUAUAUGGCUAUGACAAAGAUUGAAAGGGAUCUACACAAUGGCAUUGGCAAAUAUGAAAACUAUGAACUGCCACAUAGCAGAUAUGGCUGGGAAUCAAAGAAUGCUGGCAGAACUUUUGACAGAGCAUCAUCACUUGAAAGAAGAGAAAUCAUUAGAAAGACAAAAUGUGAUGCAAUGAAUGGGUCAGAUUUGCGCUACCAGCUAAACAAACGAAGAAGGUUCAAUGGUACGCGAUCUACUAGUAAUCAUGGUCAUAGUGAGCACUACCAAACAGAUGAGCAACAUGCUGAGGAGAGACAUUAUGUUCACCAUUCACAUGAUGAUGAUUUAAAAUUUCCUCCUGAGAAGUGCAUCAGCAGUCGUCUUCAAGGCAGGAUUGCAUUUCCUGGGAGGUCUGUUAUUGAUGCAGCCAGCAAUAUGCUCUCAGAGAAAGAGAGGGGACAGGGUCCCAGAAGCAGAUGGUCACCAAUGAAGCGAAUAAACUACCAGUCAAGGCAUUCAGAAAGAGUAAGAUAUCAACCAAGUGAGAUAUUUUGUAAUGAUGAGAGGUUUCGUAGAAUCAAAACAACCUUAAAAGAUGACACAGAUUCUGUGGAUUUUGUGAGCCCAAAGUCCCUUGCAGAGCUAAAAGGUGCAAGGAAACAUGAGAAUAUCGAGGAAAUCAAAGGUGCUGGUUCUAAUAGCUUGCUAGGGGUUCAAAAUCCUGAAAAUCCUAUAUCUUUUGAAGGUCCGCUGCCACUGAGUGCCAUCUUGAAGAGGAAAAGGGAAUCGGCAUAUGCUAAGAAUGAAGUUUCUACUGCUCAACAUGAAAACAGUCAAAAUGGAGACUCAUCUAUCCAUGAAUCAGUUCCUCAAUUAGAAGCCAGAACAGAAGGGAAGACAAUCAUUGGCCAUGAGGAGGAUGUGAUACCUGCUGACAAUGAGCUAGCCUAUGACAGUCAUUAUCCAACUAAAGCUAAUGCCUUGGGAACUGAAGAUGGUUUAUGUUUGGAGAAUGCAGAAGAGGAAGAGCUGGAAAAUUCUGACAAGCAAGAUGGGGAUUUCAAUUAUGAAUCAGGAAAGGACAAAGAGGAUGACGACUCAAACAAAGAUGAUCUAGAUGACGAUGAUGACUUUGCUAGGAAGGUCAGUGCAAUGCUAUCUUGAAUGACAAUGGAGACACGUUUACUUAGUUUUCCUGUUUACAGAGAGGCCAUAGACCUUGUAAGUUUACAUUGCCAGUCUUGGCACCGAAAAGCGGCCGACGUUGGAAGAAAAGUUUAAGAAAUUUAAUUUUGUCAAAAUUGAAGUCCAAUGUAUCAAUUACCUGAACCAUUUGAGAUUUUAGGAUCCACCCAAAAUAGUUCUAGUAAUGAAUAUGACCCAGAUGGGUUUGUUCUAGCUUCUUGUUUGCAUUUGAUUAUAUGCUUGUAAUACUAAUGCUCUUUGUAGACCAAAUUAAGGGAAAAUUUGGCUCACAUAAUUUGUCUCAGUUAUUGAUUA